AUAUUCACGGGAUAUACCAAUACCAUAUGAACGUUUAUGUCUAUGCACGGGACAGUGGUGAUGAUAGUGGCUCCUACCGCAGCUGCCUCCUUGGAGGAGUGUGAAACCCAUGAUCAUUGAUAUGAAGUCAUCUAUUGGUGCACCGAUAGGCAGCAAUCGGACAGUAGUCGUAGUGUAAUCGACGCAAGCUCCUGUUGUGUUCUUUCCUUUUUUCGAAUAUAUACCUAGCUAACAGUCAGGGUGUGGGAUAGUAACAGUUACCGCUGUCGCUAGCAGGCUAGUCUAGCAGGCUACAAGCUAAGAUUGACAUAUCAGUCCAACCCUGUUGAGAUAGCUAGCUAACAUUAGCUAGCUCAAACGAACGUCAGUGCAGCUAUGUUUGUGCAAGAGGAAAAGAUCUUUGCUGGAAAAGUUUUAAAGAUUCAUAUAUGCACCAUGGAGGGUGCGGAAUGGUUGGAGGAAGUUACAGAAGAUACCACUAUUGAAAAACUUAAAGAAAGAUGCCUGAAACACUGUGUUCAUGGAAGUCUUGAAGAUCCCAAGGUUCUCACACAUCAAAAGCUCAUUCAUGCUGCAUCAGAAAGGAUCCUUACAGAAACCAAAACCGUAGCAGAUGAGAACCUGAAAGACAAAGACGUGCUUUUGUUGAUAAAGAAAAGACCUCCACCGCUACCACCCAAAAUGGUAGACAUUGCAUCUGAGGAGAAGAAGCAAGAAAGCAAGGCCCCAGACAAAGAUUCCAUUCUUAAAGCCACAGCUAACCUAUCUACCCGACACACAGAUCGCACAGUUACUCAGCACAACAUUCGGGAUUUUCAGACAGAGCUAAGGAAGAUCCUUGUUUCGCUCAUUGAAGUGGCACAGAAACUCCUUGCUUUGAACCCAGAUGCGGUUGAGCUUUUCAAGAAGGCCAACGCCAUGUUGGAUGAGGAUGAAGAAGACCGCGUGGAUGAGUCCGCCUUGCAGCAGCUCACUGAAAUGGGCUUCCCUGAGAGCAGAGCGGUGAAGGCCCUCCGCCUAACCCACAUGUCAGUUACCCAGGCCAUGGAGUGGCUGAUCGAGCAUGUGGAUGACCCCACUGCUGACGCCCCUCUGGUGAACCAGGACAUCCCGGGGGCGUCUGCUGGUGCUGCUGCGGUCCUGGGCGCCACAGCCUCAGGACUCCUCUCCCGGACCACAGAGCCCUCCAGCACAGAGGAGGCCAAGCAGGACGAGCUCACCGAGAUCUUCAAGAGGAUCCGGCGGAAACGAGAGUUCAGGCCUGACUCACGGGCUGUCAUUGCACUGAUGGAGAUGGGCUUUGACGAAAAGGAGGUGAUUGACGCCCUUCGGGUCAAUAAUAACCAGCAGGAUGCUGCGUGUGAGUGGCUGCUUGGGGACAGGAAGCCUUCACCUGAGGACCUGGACAAGGGAAUUGACACCAACAGCCCUCUGUUUCAAGCCAUACUUGAAAAUCCUGUGGUCCAGCUCGGUCUAACAAAUCCAAAAACUCUAUUAGCUUUUGAGGACAUGCUGGAGAAUCCACUGAACAGCACACAGUGGAUGAACGACCCGGAAACGGGGCCGGUGAUGCUUCAGAUUUCCCGAAUUUUUCAAACACUCAACCGCACAUAAAGGCAUACUUCGGUGGGGGCCUUUGUGGGUGAAGGGGCAUCUGCAUCUGCAAACCCUCAAGAGUCAGUGGAGGAGGGGAUGAAUGUAACAGUAAUAAGGUGAUAAAAAGUUGCAUAGUCCACAGAGAUUCUGUACACGUUCUUGACAUUUUGUUUUUUUUAUAUAUAUAUAUUUUAAAAAGAUCUGUUACUCUGUGUGUGUGUGUGUGUGUGUGUG